AUGUCUGACCCAAAACCACUUUUGGAUCAAGUUUGUUCAAUAUUAACAGUUAAACGAAUCACAGCAAAAAACUGUGCAGUCAUUAAUUUAAAUACUAUUCAAAGAUUACGCUCAAUAUCAACAAUAUGUACAGAAAAAACGGGAAUAAUAACACAAAAUCGUAUGAUGAUAGCACAUAUGUGGUUUAAUAAUCAAAUAUUUGAAGCUUCUCUAACGCAAGAUCAAGAAGAUCGACUGGCGUCAGCAAUACCAAAAAAACAUCCCUAUAAUAAAACGUUGACAGAAAAGUCGCUGUUGCAUCUAGUGGCUUCUAGUGGGAAGAAAACGACGAUUCGUGGUAAAAUAGUUGCUAAUAGAACGGCGGUUACAUCUAAGUUGCAUCCUGCGACUGUCGGUCGAGUUUUGUGGACUGAAGGAAUUUAUAACUAUUGGUGUUCUGCAUCUAUCAUAACUGCAAAUAAUAAUGAUGCUAUUGUGACAGCUGGUCAUUGCUGUUACAAUACGACUACGAAAGCAUGGACAGUCAAUUCCAAAUGGGUUUUCAUGCCUCAAUAUAAUAAAGGUGCAAGUGCAAUCCAUGGAACAUGGACAGCUCGUUCUCAGUAUGCGUUAUCUGGAUGGUCAGAAAAUGCUGACUUUAAUUAUGACAUUUGUAUUGUAUUAUUGAACACAAGAAAUAAUAAACACAUUGCUAAGAUUGUUGGUUCACAAGGAAUUGGUGAGUUCAUUCGUUUAUGA